CCAAUCGCAGCACCGGAAAGGCGAAAAACCCUAGUUAGCAUUCCGUAUAUCUUUUUGUCUCUGCUCCAAUCAAACCAUCUUGUAACAUCGCCGUUCAUUAGCUCCAAAUCGCAGGGACAGCCUAAGUGAGUUGGUGCGAAGAUGAGUCGCGGGGCAGCAGCUGGACCUAAGGGAAAGAAGAAGGGAGCAUCCUUCACCAUCGAUUGUUCGAAGCCGGUCGAAGAUAAGAUCAUGGACAUCGCUUCUCUGGAGAAGUUUCUUCAGGAAAGGAUCAAGGUUGGCGGUAAGGCCGGUGCUCUCGGCGACUCCGUCACAGUCACCCGCGAAAAGACUAGGAUCACCGUUUCCUCCGACUCUAACUUCUCUAAGAGGUACCUCAAGUAUUUGACUAAGAAGUAUUUGAAGAAGCACAAUGUCCGGGACUGGCUUCGGGUGAUUGCUUCCAACAAGGAGCGGAAUGUUUAUGAACUCCGCUACUUCAAUAUUGCCGAGAACGAAGGUGAAGAAGAAGAAUGAAGAUUCAGUUCGGCCCCGUUUCUUUGUUACCAUUCUGGGUUUUUUUUUUUGAGGGAACUUCUUUAUAUUCAGGACUUAUUUGGGGUUGCUUUUUGACCCCCCAACUUUGUUUUUCAAUCAAGUUUUGGUUGCUGAUACUUAAUUCCAUUGUUUAUGUAUUAAUCUGUUAGAUGCUAUCAAAAGGAUGCAUAUUUCUUUCAUGAGUUCAUUGUUAGAGCUCUU